UCCCAACACCAGCGUCACAUUCGCCACCAUUAACUAUCACCACAAACAUAAAACUGAGCAGCGCCGCUUCAGCUGGUUCUGGUUCUGGAUCUGAUGCUGACGCGGAUCUAAAGCAGGUUUGUGCAGAACCUAAUGAAGUGAUGCUAGAGCGUUGGUGGAGGUGAAGUAUUGUAAUCAUCGGCAUCGUCUCGUCCUCUGAGUCAACAUGGCGGCGGAACAGCAUCCAGCCCUGCAGCAUCACUAAGGACCAGGACUAGAUGGCGUUCAUGUCCCGGUUCUCCCGGUCCCGGAGCAGCUCGAGGUCUCCGAGCAGGAAAGACUCGGACCGGGUCUCCAGCACCCUGAGCGUGUCGGAGCUGGAGCGGCUCCUGUACACGGGGAAAACCGCCUGUAACCACGCGGACGAAGUGUGGCCGCGACUCUUCAUCGGAGACCAAGACAUUGCGUCCGAUCGGCGCCAGCUGACCCGGCUCGGCAUCACUCACAUCCUCAACUGCGCCCAGAGCAAGUGGCGCGGCGGAGCCGAGUACUACGCCGGCAUGAGCAUCACCUACCACGGCAUCGAGGCCCACGACUCCCCCUCCUUCGACAUGAGCGUCAACUUCUACCCUGCGGCGGAGUUCAUCCACAAAGCCCUGACGAGUGGAGGGAAGGUUCUGGUCCACUGCACCGUGGGAGUGAGCCGCUCGGCCACGCUGGUGCUGGCGUACCUGAUGAUCCGGCAAAACCUGACCCUGGUGGAGGCCAUCAAGACGGUGAAGGACCAUCGAGGCGUCACCCCCAACCGAGGCUUCCUACGUCAGCUCAGCGGCCUGGACGGCAUCCUGAGGGAUAGCCGCAGGACGGCGGCGCAGGAGCCCACCGAGGGUUAGUGGGCCCCUGAAGGGCUGGGCGCGUACAACCAGGACAAACCAGGACACUUCAGGCCAUUCCACUGAAACUGAAUCAGUUUUAUGGUUUAGGAUCAAACAGGUGAAGCUUUUCCACUUUAAUAUUCCACGGUUUUCUAUCACGCCUACGUCAGGGCUGCAAACAGUCAUCGGUACCUAUUUAUAAUUCCUAAGCCGCUGCGUCGCCUUCAGGCCGGUGCUGAAACAGGGCUGCAGACACAACCUGGUUUCUGUAUCAGCUGCUUCUAAUCCAGAAAAUAUCAGAUGCGAGGUUGUCAAGGACCACGUCCGUUUGUGUUUUGGUGCCACAGGUUAAAAAUGCCCAUCGCAGUAUUUCAGAGGCUGAACUCUAAUAUUCAAUAGCUGUGUGUUUAGACUUUAGAGUCCAAAGCGGUUCAGUUUACACUGAAACCAUGUGUGACAGAACUGACAGCAGCUGUUAUCAGCUACUGGAUCAGGAGCAGAAACAGGCUUUACUGUCCGUCGUAGAUGUUUAAACCUCGGACCGAGGAAGGAAACUAUUUCCAGCCGUAGUCUCGGUCUUUGCGGGUCUUCCCUCGUCUUUACUGACACAUUCAGCAUCAUUAAGUGCCCUGAACAGCUCCCACACUAGUCGCAGCCCAGGGCUGAACCAGCACUUAUGUAGCCUGAUUACAGUGUAACCUACUGUCAGUCCGUCCUCAGUUACUGUCUGUGGGGAACGGUGUGAAUAGCAACAUGCUGUGUUGUUUUAUUAGUGUUUGUUAAGUUUGAUGAGUUGUUAUAGUCCAGUAUUUGAAUCAGCAUCACUGCUCCUCAGUAACUCACUGGUCGUCAUGGAGAUCUAGGGAAGACUGAAGUCAGCAUCACUGUUGUAUAAGCAUAACUUAUGGUGUGAUGCCAAAUAGGUUGAAUGGAGACGUCAGCUACAUGUGGAGUGAAGGGAGGCAGCUCCUAGUGACUGUUACUACUCAUCGCUGGGUGAGCGGCUGACGGAGCUGACGGAGCGUCUUCGUGGUGUUGGAGGCUCCGAAGCCUCAUCCAGCUUCUUGUGUUUUAUUACCUCAGACAUGGAGCCUCUUGAUGGUGUUUCUCCGUCUGAUGCACCAGCUGUAAAUAAAAACUAGUAGUCGCUGGGAUUUAUCUGAAGAUGGCUCUGAAGGCAGUUAGCUUAACUUAGCAUGCAGACUGGAAGCAGGAACCAAAAGGCCUGUUUCAGUGCUACAAAAUCUCUGCUAAAGCUCAUAAAACAGGACGCUGUUUUUUAAAUGGAUGUGACUUUCCUAUUACAGAUGCAACCUUAUUUUUAACUAAUUUUUACCAGAUUGUUUCAGCUGUAGCUAACAGCAGAACGGCGGCGCAAUCAUUAAGAAUAAAGUGGUUUAAAUAUCCUGAUGAAAGAAUGGAGGUUUACUAAAUGCUAGUAAAUAUAUAUUUGUUUAUUUACACAGUUGAAACAAGUAAGUAAUGUUUCUUUAUCUAGGCUCAGUCUGCAUGCUAAGCUAAGCUACGUUAAGCUAACCAAGUAUUAAUUCAAGAUCCCACAGCUGUUUUUUGAUCCCUGUUCACAUGAAUAAACAAGUCUGUGUUCAGGGGUCCAAGAGACCAAAAGAUGCAAAAUGACCCCCGAAGACAAAAACAAAAUACAGACACAGAAAGAAAGAUAAAGAUGACGCAAGCAGCGAAGUCACAAGCUAAUGACGGCCCAGCGAACGACUUCACACAUUAAACUUUAACGUGUUCACGUGUUGUGUUUUACUGUGAACCAUCUGAUGUCAUAGUUUGACCAUUACCUUUGCUGUGUCUAUGGGUUUUGUAUUUGCUGUAUUUGCUGUGAUUGUUCGUACUCUUUCUAUUCUUGUAUCCUUGUUUUCUUACAGAGACCUUUCGAUAGGAAACCUUGAAUUCCUUUCCAUUUAUUUUUGUAUCACUCUCUUUGAAGGAGAAACUGUCAAAGCAGAUGUUGAUGCCUUAAUCAGUGGACUGCGUUGGUCUAGGCUUUCGGUUUUAUUAUAACACUGAGCAGUGAGAACUUUGUUUUGAUAAAUUCUGUACUUAAUAAGAAAUAAAGAAAAAACGUCUCUCA